UUUACAUUUUUUAAUACGAAAGUGUAAGUAUAUAAAGUGAAAAUGUUCAAAAUAGGUUAAGGUUUUCGAAACUCUCGUGAGGUUGUAUAUCGAUGCGUCGAUACAUAAAAUAGCAUUAUUAGUUCAAAAGAUGUAUUAGCAUGAUAGAUAUACUGUUAAUGAAAUUUUUAAGUAUCUAUUAACUCUCAAGACGAGAUUUCGUUGCGAGAGAAAAGAGAUUAACGCACAGAAAGAUUAAAAAUGCGGAUCUGUACGUAACCUAUACGUUGCAUCAAAGAAGUUAUGCAGAUUUAUUUUACUUUUACCUUGGAGAGGUCCACUGGUUGGUGGACUGUACACGACUUUAAUCUCUCCCUGGAGAGAUUGUAUGACUGUAGAUGCAGAUUCCGAGUGAGAAGCGAUUAAUAAAUAUAUAAAGAGACUUUCAAGCAUAUACUUCAAGGGUCUUUAAUCUUCAAUCGGCGUUGGCAGAAACUUUAUUCGGGUUAAAAUGCCUACGGUUAUAGCACUGGACGUUUCUCUCUCAAUGAGGAGAGUAUUGACAAGUGGAACGAGUGACAAUUUGCAAAAUGAACUGUCGACGCGGCACCAUUUGGCGGUGCACGGUAUAAACGCUCUGUUACAUUACUUGCAAAUUAACUCUAAGUUAGAAUUUGUGUCACUGAUUGUAUUUUCGUCGUUGUACGAAGUGGUUUGUCCUUUCACUCGUGAUUAUGACAGCAUACGUGCAAAGUUACAAACUAUCGAGGAGUGGGACAAGACGUACAUCGAGGGAGCGUUACAUGGAGUUAAUAAUGUAAUUAUGGCGGAAUGGGGUAACACCACGGCCUGUCAAGUGAUAUUAAUCACAGAUGGUAAUCCUGGUGUAGGACCAAUGUCCUUAGGUCAUUCUCUGAGCUCUUUGAACAUCGCGCAAAAUAUAAAUCCCUUUCCAUUGCCUUUUCCAUAUCCAGGAAAAUUAAGUAUAGUUUGCAUUGGGUCACAACAGGAUUCUAGUUUGCAAAUUGGUUUACCUCUUUAUCAGCGUUUAGUUGAUUUAGCUGGCGGCGACAGCAUUGUACUAGUUCCUGAAUCACCACUUAACAAAUAUUCCGUGGCGGCUUGUUUUCAGAAAGUGGCCGAAUCGAAUUAUGUUUCAUUCCAAGGAUAUCUAAAGUGUGGUCAUUUAGGCUCUCGUGUUCUAUUAUCACCAGCUCCUAUGCCUUAUACAAAGAAGACAGAUUUCGAAUUAGCGCCAGGCUUGGCAAUAUCGAAAACCAUGGAAAUAUGUGGAUUUAUAUCUGUAGGAGAUGUUGGUAGCCCAAAUUCCAUUUCUAGACAUUUAGUGUUGCCAUUAGCAACAGAGAAAAAUUCAAGUAUGCAGGGUAUAUCGUUAGAAGAGGAUUCAGAUACUGACGAAAACGGCGACGAGGGAAAAAUGCCGUCUUUUUGUGUGUUGCUUCAUGGAGCAUUAAAAGUAGAAAAUAUGGCAGCUCUUUGUAUGUUGAACAACGAUUGGUAUGGAUUUAUAUACUCUUGGGCGGAUACUAAGAAGAAAUCUAACUUAAUGCUGACGGUAUUGGAACCAGGAUAUGACGUUGUACCAUGGUUAGGCAAUUUUAGCAAUUUAGGUCCAUUAGAUUCUGUAAAAAGCUCUCCAGUGAGUUUCCCGGUUAGACCAACUGAAAAGAGAAGUUACACACAAAAUGCUCCUUCAUGGAUUCGCCAAGUUGGCUUGCAAUCUGAUAUUCAAAAAAUAUUAAGACACGCGAGAAAAUUACCCGACAAGACGCAAAACUUUUACAAGGAGGUGAACAGAUUACGGCGUGCAGCAGCGUCUAUAGGAUUCAUCGAAUUAUUGGAAGGCUUAGCGUGCAUUUUGGAACGUGAAUGCACAUUGCUACCACCAAAUCUAAAUCCCGACUGCACAAUCCAAAUGGGGCACGUUGCAUCGAUGAUUCGAAAGCCAGAAUUUCACGAGCUUAGAUACAACAUUCCACCCGCGCGGACAAAAUUUCAACCUGGAUCAUGAAUUGUAAUGCAAAUUAAUUCGAGUGUUAUGUCUUGUAUUAAAAUUGAAUAUCCAUAUAUCAAAAUAAAACUUGUAUUUGUUUUAAU